GAUCCGUACCCACAAACCACCGAACUUACUUUUAACGCGUUUGGCAUUAACUUCCAUUUGAACUUGACGAAGAGUUCGUUUAUAGCACCGGACAUGGUGUUGCAAAGAGGACCGGGUGGCCGUGUGAUUAAUCCAGUAGAUUCCUGCUAUUACCAAGGCAAUAUCAUUGGAUAUGAAAAACAGAACAUUGUAACUGUCAGUACGUGUAAUGGUUUGAACGGCUUAAUUCGAACUGGCGACAAUAGCUAUACCAUCAAACAGCUUCCGGCGUCAGUGGCGCCUCAUUUCGUGACAGAGUAUGGUGACUACCCCCACGUGGUAUUUCGAAGGAGCACUAGAAGCGGUCAACGAACUGAAGUAACGACGUCUUUAUCCCGGCAUAAACGCGGCAUCAGGGAUCUUGAUGCAAUCAUAACCCAGACUAUUGAGCUGGUAGUGAUGGUUGACUCAACAGUUUACGAAUAUUUCGAUUCAAGUGAUACUUUGGUUCAGGAUUUCGUCUUAAGCUUCGUGAAUGCG